UUGUGCUUACUAUUUCUUUUACAUUUUUCCCCACUGACAAGUAACAGGGACAACUAAGAGGGAAGACUCGGGGGUUGAGCGAAGAUUUAGCUGAAGAAACUAGAUAAGACCCUGUUUGGUUUAGCUAAACUACGGUUUUCUAGGGCUUUGAAACUCUUUCCUUUCACAUCUUUUAGAUAAAAAACUUAGUACCAACUCAGCCAAAGCUAUCGCGUUGUCUAGGCAGGGACAUCUUCUGGUGGAGUGGGUCAGGUAGGAGUUUCAAGAAGAAGACUUAUAAUUUACUUUUUAACCCCUUCUAUUCAGGAAGAGAGAAGAAAUAAUGCAGACUCCAAAAGCAAGGGCUGGCUCCUCGGAAGUGCCUCAAAGAAAAUCUCCUGCAACACCACGGACUGCGCGCCAACUCAAGAUACCAGGAUCAGAUUCUGACUCGCUCUCUCCAAAUCCUGCAAGCAAGACUCCAAAAGACAAAAGUCCUAAAGUACCUGAACGCAGAUCUCCACGAAGUCCAGCAACUGAGAAAAAGCGCCCAAGCAGAGUAUCUGAAUUAGAGUCGCAGCUUGUUCAACUCCAGGAGGAUCUGAGGAAGGCAAAGGAUCAACUCAACACAUCUGAGACAUGGAAGAGGCGGGCACAGCAGGAGGCUGAAGACACCAAGACGCAGCUUUUGGCCAUGUCAGCUAAACUUGAGGAAUCCCAACAGCAACUGAUGGAACUUUCUACUUCUGAGGAUGUUCUGGUUCAAGAGCUCCGUAAAAUCUCCCACGACCGAGAUAAAGCUUGGCAAUCUGAACUUGAGGCAGUCCAGAAGCAGCACUCCUUUGAUUCUGCAGCAUUGGCUUCUGCCAUGAAUGAAAUCCAGAAACUCAAAGGUCAGCUGGAAAUGGUAGCGGAAUCCGAAGCUGCACAAACAAAACAUGCAGAGUCAGCACAUGCCGAGUUACAGGGUUUGAGAAUGGAACUAACUGAAACUCUCUCCCUUGUUGAAAAACUGAAAAUUGAUCUCAGUGAUUGCAGGGUGUCGGAAGCUCAAGCCUUACAACUAGUUAGUAAAACUCAAAAGCAAUUGGAAACAGCAAAUGCAACUGCAGCAAUGCUGCGGUCAGAUGGCAUCAAAGCCAUGGAGGCCUACAACUCCAUGUCUUUAGAGCUUGAGCAAUCAAAAGCUCAAAUAAGGUCAUUGGAGGAACUUGUUAGCAAACUCCAGUCAGAUCUGGCUAAUAGUGGUGGGAAAAAUUUGUUGAGUCCUACAGGAGAUGUUGAACAUGCUGGGGAAAGUGGAGAAAAUGAGGAAAGAAACCAACUCAAAGAAGAGCUAAACUCAUUGAAAUUUGAAGUGGGUCAAUUGAGAUCUGCACUAGAGGUGUCUGAGACAAGGUACCAAGAAGAAUAUAUUCAGAGCACAUUGCAGAUUAGAAGUGCUUAUGAACAAGUUGAAAAAGUGAAAUUAGAAUCGGGAAAAAGAGAGGCUGAAUUGGAAGCUGAAUUAGAGAAGGCUAAGAGUAAUAUUGAAGAGUUGAGGGCUAACCUGAUGGAUAAGGAAACUGAAUUGCUGAGUGUUUCAGAGGAGAAUGAAGGACUGAAUUUGAAGAUUGAGAAGAAUCAGCCACAUGAAAGAGAAUCUGAACUUGCAAUGGAGAUGAAGAAGUUAGAGCAUGAUUUGGCGGAGUUGAAGGCUAGCUUGUUGGAUAAGGAGACCCAAUUGCAGAGUGUAACUGAGCAAAAUGAAAUGCUGAAGAUGGAAGUCAAGAAAGGGGAAUUGGAAAGGAGUAGAGUACAUGAUGAAGCCGUUACCUUGGCAGAAACGGCGAAGGCUGCAGAGCGAGAGGCUUUGGUGAAACUCAGUCAUCUAACAGAGGAAGCAGAUAAUAGUAGCAGAAGAGCAGCACGAGUGAUUGAGCAGCUGGAUGCAGCCCAGGCAGCAAACACAGAAAUGGAAGCAGAGUUGAGGAGGUUAAAGGUGCAGUCAGACCAGUGGAGGAAGGCAGCUGAGGUAGCUGCUGCUAUGCUUUCAGGAGGGAACAAUGGAAAAAUUGUAGAAACAGGUUCCCUCGAAAACAACUACAAUACUAUAGCUGGCACAAUGGGUUCACCUUACUCAGAAGACAUGGAUGAUGACUCUCCAAAGAAGAAAAAUGGGAACAUGUUGAAGAAGAUUGGGGUGUUGUGGAAGAAGGGUCAGAAGUAGACAGUACCAGGACCUGGCAGGUUGCAGUCCAUUUUACAUUGGUUUUUGGUGCUUGGUUUCAGAGACUACUGUAUAGAUGUAUGGAAGGCAGUGAACUUCAUAAUAUCCAUUGUAUUGCAUACUUUCCCCUAGGCAUAUUCUUGUGUGCAGCACAAAGUAGUUGGCCUUUUUGUGAUUAAGACGGUGCGAUUAUGUAUUAAAUUGAAACAGGUGAUAAAAGAAGAAUGGAACAACAGUUUUAUUGUA